CCGCCCGGGCAUCUCGUGGUCCAACGCCGACACCUACUGCUGGGAGGUGCCGCCGUCCCCAUCCCAGAAGAGGGAGCUCGAGGAUCGGGGCCACUACUGGACGGACGAAUGCGAGCUAUCCGCGUUCCUCAUCCUCAAGUACCUGGCCAUUCAGUCCGCCUGCUACCUGGUGGCCGCAGUCUACUUCGACAAUGUCGUGCCCGACGGAAAGGGCGUGCCGAGGCCGCCGUGGUACCUCCUGUCGCUUUCUUACUGGCGCCCCACUCAGCGGCGCGACGCCAAGCACUUGAAGACGGCCCUUAAGCGCCACCACGAGACGGCUGCCGGGUAUUCGACUGAUGAAGAUGUGAAAUGCGAGAGCUACCGAAUGAGGCGCAAGUGCCUCAAUAUCCUCAGAUCCAUGGGAGAGUGGUCUGAUUCGGACUCCAUUUCAAUGUCCUUCACCAAGGGUGAUGACGGGAGCGGCAUGGAAGAAUUCUGGACUGACAUAUCCAUAACUCCCAGGGGGCAGGAGGCCAGCGAGCUGGAGGAACAGGACCCCGCCGAUCCAGUGAUGCAGCUCUUCGGCUUGAGAAAGGCAAGUGCCUGGGCAGGGCGCCGGUGA